UUGCAUUCCAGGGGAUAUUCCUUACACAACGAUCAAACACGUUAUACAGAAAAACGACGAAAAGUUUAUGCUUUCCUUCGCAUUCCUAUAGAGGUAGAACGAUUUCUCUUUUAUGGUUUACUACAAUGUAUAGAUGCAUUCUGUUAUCUGUUCACAUUUCUUCCGAUUAGGUUUCUUAUGUCUGUGAUGGGUUUCUUGUUACGACUGCGGCCUUGGACUUCCGCAGAAACUUGCGACUUUUUCAAAGUUUGGAUCAUAGUUUUUGGUACUAUACUUAUGCAACAUAUAGACACUUCUGUUGUUUAUCAUCAAGUUAGAGGCCAAGGAGUUAUAAAACUAUACAUAUUCUAUAAUAUGCUUGAAGUAGCAGACAAGCUGUUUAGUAGUUUGGGGCAGGAUAUCCUCGAUGCGUUGUUUUGGACAGCGAAUGAGCCGAAGACGAUAAGAACUAUAGUAAGGACGGUAUUCCACUUUGUGUUCGCUCUUUCUUACGCUACGAUACACACGUUUUUGGUUUUACUACAGGCUACCACCUUGAACGUGGCUUUCAACUCCCAUAACCAAGCCCUCCUGGCUAUAAUGAUGUCUAACAAUUUUGUAGAGUUGAAAGGAUCAGUGUUCAAAAAGUUUGCCAAAGCAAAUCUAUUCCAAAUGGCUUGCAGGUAG